AUGAAAAGAAAUCUUGCAAAGCGUUCCAAUGAACAACGACUUUUAAGACCACGUCUAGAGGUUAAAGAAGAGGAAGGAUUUGAUAGAAGUGAUGUAAAAAAAGCAUUGUUAGAAUCAUUGUAUGAACAGCGUAAGGAAGAACGUCGAAAGGAAUUGGCAAAAGAAUUGAAACGACGUGAAAAUUACAGUAGAAAUAGACUUACUGAAAAGGAUCAGAAAAGGAGCAAGAGUAAUGAGCAUAGAAAUAAUAGUGAAGACAAAAAACAAAAUGAAAAUUCGAAAUUAAAAAGAAAAAAGGAGAAAAGAGGAGUUGAACAACAUACUUCAAAAGAUAAGAAUUUAUUGAAAGGAAAAGAAAAAGUCAAAAUUCAGGAGAAUUUGGUGAUAAAAAAUAAGGAUGCUGUAGUGGUAUUGAAGAGUAAAGAGAAAAUAAAAGUUUCGGAAGAGAGAAUUGCUGAUCAAGAAGAAAAACUAAACGAAGUUAUUCCGGAAGAAGCAAAAACUGUUGUCGAGAAAGUGGUACAUAAGAAAGUAUUCGACAUUGAAGCGUUACCGUCAACUACAGAUUUUGUCCGAUUUAUGUCAUUAGAUUACUCAGAUGAUCUUGAAGGUAUACCAAAAGAAUUGCAACAUUUUCGUACACUUCCAUUAGUACCGGUCCCAGAAUUACCAUGGUCAAUCUCGAGCAAAUGA